AUGUCUUUUCUUAUUGUUCCUGGAUACCAUCCUUCAUCUUUUCCGUGUCUUUUCUUGUUGUUCUUUUGUCCAUCUUCGACCAUCUUCCUAUUGUUCCUGGUGUCCACCUUCCUUCUUCUUCGUGUCUUUUUUUAUUGUUGCUGGUGUCCACCUUCUUUCUCCUUCCUGUCUUUUCUGAUUGUUUCUGGUGUUCACCUUACUUCUUCUUCGUGUCUUUUCUUAUUGUUCAUGGUGUCCACCUUCCAUCUUCUUCGUGUCUUUUUUUAUUGUUGCUGGUGUCCACCUUCUUUCUCCUUCCUAUCUUUUCUGAUUAUCCCUGGUGUCCAACUUAUUACUUCUUCGUGUCUUUUUUAUUGUUCCUGGUCUCCACCUUACUUCUUCUUCGUGUCUUUUUUAUUGUUCCUGGUCUCCACCUUACUUCUUCUUCGUGUCUUUUUUAUUGAUCCUGGUGUCCACGUUACUUCUUCUUCGUGUCUUUUCUUAUUGUUCAUGGUAUCCACCUUCUUUCUUCUUCAUUGUUCCUGGUAUCGACCUUCCUUCUUCGUGUCUUUUCUUAAUGUUCCUGGUGUCUACCUUCUUCUUUGUGUCUUUUCUUAUUGUUCCUGGUGUCCACCUUCCUUCUUCUUCGUGACUUUUCUCAUUGUUUCUGGUGUUCACCUUCCUUCUUCAUCGUGUUUUUCAUGUUGUUCCUGA